AAGAGAAGAGAUAGGGAGAAAAGUCUUGAAGAGAGAGAAAGUGGGAAGAAAAGACUAACAAAACGACCGUUCGUCGUCGUCCUGCUGCUCCUAUUCUACAAAUCUUCGGCCGAUCUGGACCUUCUCUCCCAAUAAAUUGAAGAGGGGGGUUUCUUUUAGAAGUUGGUGUUUACUGGAAUUGGACCGAUCUGCGAGGGUUUCGAUCUUUCCGGCGGUGUCGGAGGACGGGAAGAUGUCUUCUCUUAGCAGAGAGCUUGUGUUUCUUAUACUUCAGUUUCUCGAAGAAGAGAAAUUCAAGGAAACUGUCCACAAAUUGGAGCAGGAGUCGGGUUUUUUCUUCAAUAUGAAGUAUUUUGAGGACGCCGUAACUAACGGGGAAUGGGACGAGGUCGAGAGGUAUCUCUCUGGAUUCACCAAGGUAGAUGAUAAUAGAUAUUCGAUGAAGAUCUUCUUUGAGAUCCGAAAGCAGAAAUACCUCGAAGCCCUAGACAAGCAUGACCGUCCUAAAGCUGUAGAAAUUCUUGUGAAGGACUUGAAAGUGUUCGCUGCUUUUAACGACGAACUAUUCAAGGAAAUAACGCAGCUUCUGACUUUGGAGAACUUCAGGGAGAACGAGCAGCUAUCUAAGUAUGGAGAUACCAAGUCUGCUAGGGCAAUUAUGCUUGCGGAGCUCAAAAAGUUGAUUGAAGCGAACCCCCUUUUCCGUGAUAAGCUUCAGUUUCCUACCCUGAAGAAUUCAAGACUAAGGACACUAAUCAAUCAGAGUUUAAAUUGGCAACACCAGCUUUGUAAGAAUCCAAGGCCUAAUCCUGAUAUAAAAACCCUCUUUGUGGACCAUACUUGUGGACAACCCAAUGGUGCUCGAGCUCCAUCCCCUGUCACUAAUCCACUUAUGGGGGCCAUUCCAAAAGCAGGGGGUUUUCCAGCACUGGCUACUCAUGGUCCAUUUCAGCCUGCACCCGCAUCCCUUCAAUCAUCUCUUGCAGGAUGGAUGGCUAAUCCAUCUCCUGUACCUCAUCCUGCAGUUUCUGCUGGGCCUAUGGGCUUAACUGCUCCUAAUAAUGCAGCCAUUUUAAAGCGUCCUCGGACUCCUACUACCAACAACCCAGCCAUGGAUUACCAAACAGCAGAUUCUGAACAUGUUUUGAAGAGAUCAAGGCCUCUGGGGAUGUCAGAUGAGGUGAAUAACCUACCUGUUAAUAUCAUGCCUGUCACAUAUGCCAGCCAGAGCCAUUCCCAGAGCUUGUACUCUUCUGAUGACUUGCCCAAGAUUGUUGUAAUGACUUUGAAUCAAGGUUCUGCUGUCAGAAGCUUGGAUUUCCAUCCAGUGCAUCAAACCUUACUUCUUGUCGGAACACAUGUUGGUGAUGUCAUGGUGUGGGAGGUUGCUAGCAGGGAUAGGCUUGCGCUUAGAAGCUUCAAGGUUUGGGACCCUUCAGCAUGUUCAGUGCCUCUGCAGGCGGCUCUGGUAAAGGAAACACCAAUAUCUGUCAACCGUGUUACGUGGAGCCCUGAUGGAAGCCUUUUUGGUGUUGCAUACUCAAAGCACAUUGUUCACGUGUUUUCUUACCAUGGAGGUGAUGAUCUACGGCACCACCUAGAGAUAGAUGCUCAUAAUGGUGGUGUUAAUGAUCUUGCUUUCUCUCACCCAAACAAGCAAUUGUGCUUUGUAACUUGUGGAGAUGACAAGCUUAUAAAGGUAUGGGAUGCAGUAUCUGGUACCAAGCAGUACACUUUUGAAGGUCAUGAAGCACCUGUCUACUCUGUAUGCCCACAUUAUAAGGAAAAUAUACAGUUUAUCUUCUCAACGGCAUUAGAUGGGAAGAUCAAAGCAUGGUUGUAUGAUAACUUGGGGUCAAGAGUUGACUAUGAUGCACCAGGUCAUUAUUGUACCAGGAUGGCAUAUAGUGCCGAUGGGACAAGAUUGUUUUCAUGCGGGACCAGUAAGGAUGGGGAAUCGUAUAUUGUGGAAUGGAAUGAGAGUGAGGGAGCUGUGAAACGAACAUAUCAUGGUUGUGGAAAACGUUCUGUGGGUGUUGUGCAGUUUGAUACCACUAAAAAUCGAUUCCUAGCGGCUGGUGAUGAGUCUGUAAUAAAAUUUUGGGACAUGGACAAUGUAAACCUCUUGACAACUACUGAAGCAGAUGGUGGAUUACCGCCAUCUCCUUAUAUCCGGUUCAGCAAGGAAGGUAUACUAUUGGCUGUUUCAACGAACGACAAUGGGGUCAAAAUUCUUGCAAAUGCAGAUGGGCUUCGAUUGAUACAUGCAAUAGAAAGUCGUCCAUUUGAUGCUUCUAGAGUUGCUUCUGGAUCUGCUAUGAAGGGGCCCACACUUAACCCAUUUUCUGCUGUAACUGCUACAACUGGAACAAGUAUGGGGGUUGCUGAUCGAAGUGCUCCAGUAACGGCGAUGGUUGGGCUGAAUGGCGAGGGCAGAAGUUUGGCAGAUGUGAAGCCAAGGAUUGUGGACGAAUCAAUAGAGAAGUCUAAGAUUUGGAAACUGACUGAAAUCAGUGAACCAUCUCAUUGCCGCUCCCUGAGGCUCUCUGAUAAUUUGUCAGCAGCGAAGAUUUCCAGAUUGAUUUAUACAAAUUCAGGAGUUGCUAUACUGGCAUUAGCAUCAAAUGCAGUACACAAGCUUUGGAAAUGGCAACGGAAUGAGCGAAACAUAGGGAAGGCAACUGCUACUGUACCACCGCAACUGUGGCAACCUGCAAGUGGAAUAUUAAUGACAAAUGAAAUAAAUGACACGAACCCUGAAGAUGCUGUUCCAUGCUUUGCACUUUCAAAGAAUGAUUCUUAUGUUAUGUCAGCUUCAGGAGGGAAGAUUUCUUUAUUCAACAUGAUGACAUUCAAGACAAUGACAACAUUCAUGCCCCCACCACCGGCAGCUACAUUUCUUGCCUUCCAUCCGCAGGACAAUAACAUCAUUGCUAUAGGCAUGGAAGACUCCUCAAUUCAAAUUUACAAUGUCCGGGUUGAUGAGGUUAAAAGUAAGCUCAAAGGCCAUCAGAAAAGAAUAACAGGCCUUGCCUUCUCUAACGUUCUAAAUGUGCUUGUAUCUUCAGGAGCUGAUGCUCAGCUCUGUAUUUGGAGUACGGAUAAAUGGGAGAAGCAGGGUAGUAAAUUCUUGCAGAUCCCAACAGGGAGAGUGCCAGCUCCUCUUGCAGAGACACGUGUCCAAUUUCACCAAGAUCAGAUUCAUUUACUGACUGUCCAUGAGACACAAAUAGCGAUAUAUGAUGUGUCUAAACUAGAGUGCCUUAAGCAGUGGUUUGCCCGAGAACCAAAUGGUCAAAUCACACAUGCUACAUAUUCCUGCGAUAGCCAGUCCAUUUACACAAGCUUUGAAGAUGGAAGUAUAGGUGUUUUCACUUCUACAACACUCAGAUUGAGGUGUCGGAUUAAUCCUACUGCUUAUCUGCCUUCUAAUCCAAGCUUGAGGGUGUGCCCACUUGUUAUCGCGGCUCAUCCGUCUGAACCCAAUCAGUUUGCCGUUGGACUGAGCGAUGGUGGAGUUCAUGUACUUGAACCACUAGAAUCGGAAGGAAAAUGGGGCGCCGCACCACCUCCAGAGAAUGGUUCAGGAAUGGCUGGUUCAGAUCAACCAUCGAGGUGAUGGUGAAGGAUAUCACAGUGACGACGAAUUACCGCUUGACGCUUGCAUCUCAUUUCACUCAUCCUUGUGGCUUGGGGGGGGGGCAUUUUAUCCAAAGGGGUAGCUGCAUGACGUACGUAAUCUCUCAGCAUACAGGAUACAUGGGAACAUUUGAAGGCGACAUCUUUGAUCUCUGGCUACACUUGGAUAGGAAUCAGUCCCCUCCCGUGCGUUGUGAUCAAGUGAGAGAGAGAGAGAAAAAAAAUGAUGGAUGGUGUAAAUGUAUGAGAGGCAUUUUGUCUUCGAUUUAUUUUAUUUUAUUUGUUGUUUUUGGGGAGGGGGUGGGUAUUUGUUUGGGUGGGAGGUGAAGUUCAAUCAAUGCAAAGCAAAAAUCAGGGGUUGAAAAUUGGAAUCAUGGGAGUUUUUCUGAUGUACUUUAUUCUAAAGUGUUAUUCUUUCCAGAUUCAAGCAUACACGCCAUUUGGUUAGAUUGCUUACUA